UAACACGUUUGUAAAGUUGCGUUUGGAAUUUAGAAAUAAGAUUGGAUUUAAUGAACGAAUAAGAAAUUUACUUUAAAGUUUAAUAUAUUAAAAUUUAUUGUUAUACCCACCUUUUUUUAUGUGAAGGUUGCGUAACAUCUGUCUGUGUGAUAUAUAGUUAUUAGUUAAAAAAAAAACAUCGUAUCCAAAGCAAUAGGCCUAGAUUAUAUAAUUAAUAAAUAUCGGUACAACUUACAUUACUACUAGUACUAUAAUUUCCUUUUGUUAAUUACAUGUAAAAAAGAGUUGUAACUUGUAUUGUCUUGUUAUAUUUUGCUGAUUUUUCACUUUACAGUCCUCUAUCUUUCAUUCUUGUGCAAGUUGCAGGCAUGAACUCAUUUCAAUUUCUUAUCACUAAUAGUAAUAGAAUUUACAUUAUUUUAAGGGAAAACUUUAUAUUUUAAUUAUAAUUAUAUUAUAGAAUGGACUAUGACAGUGUAAAUAUUUUCCCUGUAAUUCAUACUGAACAUGCCAAACAGAUUACAUCAGGUAUUGUUCAAAUGCAGUUGUACAAAACAACAUCAUUAUCAGAUGAAGAAAAGGGAGAAUUUUCUUCAACAAAUUUUAGUUCAUCAGGUUUGUUAAGUGGUGAACGCUCGUGGAACUAUGCUUUGUAUUUAUGUUUAUGUGUUAAUCUUAUUUUGGGAAUAUUUCUGUUACUCUUAUACAUUGGUAAAGACAUUAUACAGAGUUGUUUAAUAUGGUUAGAUUCACAAGAGGAAUGGAUAGUGUGUGUUGUUUUCUUUAUCCUCUAUACUGUUGUAUCAUUUCCAUUUGUGUGGGGUUAUAUUAUUCUGAAUAUUGCAUGUGGAUACCAUUUUGGAUUUCUUCCUGGCCUAACAGUUAAUAUUGUUGCAGCUGCUUUUGGAAUGAGUGUUGCUCAUUUUAUUAUGAAGAAAAAUAUGGUGAAUUUUAUAGCUUCUCGUCUUGUAGCCAUGGAAACAAUGUGGCCAAUCAUGGCAGUUUUAGAAAACACACAAGCUGUCAAAGUUGUGGCAGUAUCAAGACUAUCACCUUUGCCUUUUGGCUUGGUAAAUGCUGCCUUUGCCGUGACAUCCAUCCAUUGGCUGGUUUAUGUGUUGGCAUCAUCAUUAGGACUUUUGCCAGCUCAAAUUAUAAGUGUUUACCUGGGAACUACAGUGCGUUCAAUGAAAGAGGUUCUUGCUGAUGAAUCUACUGCGUUUACUGGUUAUGGUAUGAUCUUGGUUCAGAUUCUUGUAAGUGUUGGUCUUAUGAUUUGUAUUGUCCGAAAAGCGCGACGAGAGCUAAAAAGAACAGUGGAAAAGGAAUUUCAGACAAAAACUAAGAAGGCAUCUGAAACUAGUGCUUAUAUUGAAUUGUAAAAUAAUCCUGAGGGUGUAUUGAAGGUUGUGUGUUUUUAGUAAGAUAAUUUAAUGUUAUGUGGGUUACUCUCAAAUGUGCAUAAAAAUUAGAUUAAGCUAAUUGAAAAUGACACUUAAAAAAUGCAGCAAAUAAAACAUUUUGAUUUUUAACUUUUAAAAAUGUUAGUUUAAAUACAUCAUAAUUUGUUAAUAGAAUUACGUGUUCUAAUCCACUUAUAUUUUCCAUUUCUCUGUAGUAAACUAUGAAUAAUGUCACUUAUUAACCCUCAUUUUACCAACUUGUUUGUAUACUGUUUACUACCUUUAGGGUCCUAUAUUAUAUCAUAUUAAUUUUAUGGUUUUGCAUGUUAAAACACUCAAUGUAAAGAAUUUGCCAAAAAAUAUGGGAUAAAUGAUUUUUUGUGUAAAAUGAAUAAACAGGGCCCCUAGCAGUAAUUAGUGGAACUAAUUGUAAUUUUGGUAGCAUUUUUUGUGUGGCACGUAUGCUGUCAAUAAAUUCAUGGACCCGUGAGCAUUUUGGUUCAUACAUAUUUUACAAUAAUAUGUUUAAAAAUCCAAUGAUGUCCAUAGGAACCCAAUCAGUAAUCUUAGGUUUAAGUAUCACAGUUACGAUCUUGGUUGUUAGUUUCUUGAUCUCAUUUCACUUAAUCCAUUUUCAGUAAAUACUACAAACUCUUUUCUCAUGUUUCAGUAUUUUAUAUAUAUAUAUUUGCUAUAAUAAUGUAAACAAUUUUUUUUUUGCUCGUGCUGUUACCUUCAUUUGUGCAAGUAGAUAACUUGACCUUUGAUCUUACUGUUACAGAUAAAUGGUUUGUUCUGGUCAGUUUUCUACCUGACAAAAACUUGUAUUUUUAUAAACUUCACUGCUUCUACAAAAUGUUGGUUUUACAAAUAAUUUUUUUUUUUUUUUACAAAUUUCAGCAUAACAAUAAAUCCAUAUUCAUUAAAUCAAACACUUGUGCCUUAAGUAACAAAACUUUUAUAACUGGUUAAAAAGGUACAUUUUUGUUGUUAUUAAGAAAGAAAUGGACAAAUUGUAUUAUUAUCAAGAAAUGACAAUAUAGUGUAUUGUCUGAUGUAAAGAUUAUAACACAGGUUGCAUUUUAGUUUUUGAUGUAUAUUUUUGUUAGCCAGUAAGUUAUACAGUAAGUUUGAGCAAAAGCUGAGUUAUUCAGCUGCUGUUUUGAGGUGUUAAUAUAAUGUUCAAAUUUUGUGUCAAUCUAAUAAAUAAAUAAUUUAUGGUGCUACUGGGUCAUCCUUAUAUGUGUGUGUUUGAUUUAAUGAUAAAUGUUUUAAUAGGUUUGUUUUUCGUUAUAUAUAGAGGUUGAGUACCUUAUAUUAAAACAAUGUUGAAUUUUCAAAUCAGCUAAUUAUGUUACAACCACAGAUGAAGUCAUGGUUAAAAGGCAUAUAUGUAUCAAAACUACAUUUUGACAUUGUUUUGCAUUUUCUAGGCAAUGUGAUGCUAUUAAGAAUUGAUCACUUUUGGGAAUGUUGUGUAACAGUCCUUUUCAGCCUAAAAUAUUCAUACAUUUAGAUCAUAAAGAUGCAUUCAGAUUGGCUCCUUAAAAUUUUCAAGAUGCCUCACAUUUAAUUGCAUUGAAAAAUAAAGGAAUGUGGAUUAACUUGGCACCAAGAUGUACCCAAACCUUAGUAAGCAAAAUGUGACAUUUUAUAACAAGUGAAAAUCCAGUCAAUGGCAAGAACCAUCCACAUGCCCAGGCAACAGUGCACAAGAUAAUCAUGAAGGAUCUCCAUCUGGAAAUGAUGCUAACAGUGUAUUGGUAAAAGUUUUCAGUUAUAUCUCCAUUCAACCAUUGCAUACCUCAAGCAGCUGGAGAAUGAAACUGAUAUUUAUACUAUUCCAUAAAAGAUAUACCAGUCAAGUCGCCAGAUGCAGCUUCUUAUUGAUUUACAUUUGAUAAGGAUUGUUGAAAUGACUGCUAAGAAACCAUCAUUCUCGUAUAGUAGUGGAUUGUCGAAACCUGGAGGAAUGGUGUGCUUUGGAAGCUUUUUGACAGAGCCUUUUUCAGUGAAAAUUACACUUCAGUGCUAUUGACAAGAUUUAUGAUCAUCAGAUAAAGCAUGACCUGACAUGGACUGUAAUGAUGUGGUGAGGCUUUAAAAUCACUUUAAUAUAGUGUACUCAACCUUUUGUAGGUUUAUUUAGAAAAAAAAGAAGUUAGGUCUGAUUAUAGACAUGUAGAAAGAAGUUCAGUAAAAGUCUUUAAGGUAAUGGAUAAGUAGUUUGACUAAUUUGUUAUUUGAAUUAACUUUAAAAGGAAAUCAAUGUUUUAUUAUUUAUUUAAAAUAUUGACAAAAGGAUUUUUACAAUUUUUUGAAAUAUUUUUUUUAUGAAAAGUUCAUUUUAUUGGAAUUUUGAAAGCUAUUCUAAUUUAGUGAUAUUUCUUUUAUAUUAUUUUAAUGUAUUCAUAGCUGGAGGGAAUUUUAAAAUAAAAUGGAGCAUCCUACUAUAUUUACACAAAUGACAUUAAUUUUUGGGGGGGAAGUUAUAAUUUUUUUUAAAUAAUGCAUCUUACAGUGUAUAAUAUUGUAGUAGCACCAGUUUCUGCUGUUUUAUACAACUUCAUAAAACAUUGAUAAUUUUAGCUUAGUUUGUAGAAUCUAAUGCAAGUAAAUAUAUUUAUAUCCAGUUGUUUUUUUGUGGUAUAUUAUUUACAUUGACAGUUUCUUUUUCACCAAACACAUUUAAAAUGUUUUGUGUGCCAAUUGGCAUACACAUCAUUUUUAAAUAUUAAGACAGCUGAAUGUGACACUGCAUAUUACAUUGUUGUAGAAUUUGUUUGAGUGUAACAGUAUCUGUUGUGUAAAAUUAGGCAGAGUGAUACUUAAAUCUCAUUUUGAUACUGUCUUACCUCCUCUAAAAAAGCUAUCUCAGUAUUUUUCAGCCCCCUCCCCUAAGCAUUGUUUAAAAUUUUAAUGCUCAGUGCACCAGUCUAAAUACCCAAAAGAAACUGUGCCACUUUUGAAUAUGUAUAUAACAUGUGACCUCUCUCAACCUAAAGUAUUGUGCCACCUGUAUUUUCCCCUGAAGAUCAUUUGGCUUUCACACCCAUUUCUUUGUCUUCCAUCUCCCACCUGUACUCCCAUUCUGAUCCUGAUUGGCUUCUUUGUCAAGUUUGCUCCAUAAUGUAUUAUAUUGCACAUACUGCCUCCUUUCAGGGUUCACAUUUCCAACCUUUUAUUCCCUGGAAUCCUUAUGUUUUCUCUGAUCUGUCUCCUGUCACACUAACUGGUUGGGUUCAUCAACUCCUUAGGCUGGCAUAUUCAGACUUAUCGAUGUAAAGUCUCUAUCUCUUCAACAUUUCUUCUUAUCAUAUUUGUCGUAUCACCAUGCCUUAGGCUGCUUGUCUUCACUGUUUGUUUGUGUAAAUUGUUCAGGCUAGAAUGUGGACUACUCCCUAUUCCUUUGUUGUUCAUUAUCUGCACUAUCUGGCUGUAUUUUCUCUGGUGGAUAUCAUCUCACUCUAAGGCAAUUCUUCUCGUCUGUUCACGUUUAACUUGGAUAUGUCUUUUCACAACAUUUCAUUUAUGUUUUAUUUUCAGGUACUCUCUCUUACUGCUACUGAUAGGAUCCCAUUCUGUGGUGUGUUUUGCCUGGUCAGAUGUGCUUUCACUCACACCAGCACUAUUUACCAGUGGAGCUGUAAUGCUCACUGUAGAGAUAGGGUGUUUCUCAAGACCACCGGUGGCAUGCCUAGUGGUAUAUACUUGUAUAUCUCUUGGUGUCUGUAAAUUUAACUCAAUGGUGGAUUGACACUCAUGGACUAUCAUGAGUAAAGUAAAAGGGGAUUUCUGCCCAUCCCUGCUGACCCUUUGAUUGUAUAAAUCGAGGAUGGUCUGCUUUUCAGAAUAGGGAAUUGUGGACACCCAUUGCACAUUCUCCAGUGUGACGUUCCUUCAGACCCCCCACUGCAUUUUCUCUCUUUUUUUUUCUCCAAGUGUGGCAUGGGAGUCCUUACCACAUACCAGUUCCUAGUCACUGGAGUGGUGGACCAAGGAGACUUCCUCCUGAGUGUUAAGUUGAAAUUUACCUUACAAUACAACAACACUUUAUCCACUCAGUGAGAAGAAGGCAAAGCUGGGUUCCCUCCUUCCCUUUACUUUGGAUGCUUAUUCCCAGUUGAAUGUCAGAUGAAGCAGGACCAACCUAUGUGGAAUCUACCUUGUAAUACUGGGUUCAGGAUGACAUCACACUGUUCCUGCGGUUGAAUGCAUUAGAGGUCCCCUUCUUGUUAAUUGUAAUUGAAGGAGGUUUCCUUCCUUGCUGCUAUGGUUGAGUUUUGGGGAUUUUUGCUUUUAAUACCAGUUACAGGUUUUGCCCUAUUUUUACAGUUGAGAUGAAGCAAUGAUAUGACUCUGUAAUGCUGGGUUCAGUUUGUUGUACUUCUUGCUCCUAUUUUGGUUUUGGUAGUUUGUCUGGUUUUGACCGAAUGCUAACUUCCUCUUUAAUUCUGGUUGCUUGACAUAUGACACUCUGUUUACUUACUGUUGGGGUUAGUGUGUAUAUGUCACACAGUCCACAUGCCCUAGCCACAAUGUUUAUCUUACUCUAAUUUCAUUUUUAUGUGGGUUUUUCUCAACCUCCUAAUGCUGAGGAUGGAUUGUGGAACUUUGUCUGUCUGGUUGAGACUGGGUAGAUACCUAGCCAUUAUUCUAUUUCGGCAAACUGUUCUUUUACUUUCUGUUUCACCUUGUGAAUAUAAAGUUCUCACAAUGUUGUUUCAUAAAGCAGCUCUUUAAGUACAGGAGCUGGCUGUUUUCUGGUCUGGUUUGUGAGAUGGAGGACAAUUUGAACUUACACCAUUUUUUACUACGGAUUACACCUCUAAGAAAAUAUUAAGUUUGUGCACAUCCUUUUUUCCGAUCAUGUCAGGUUCAUUUCCUCCUUAUGGGGUGAAGAGCAUACUUAUUCCAGAAGUAGUACUGUGCCCUGCAUGUAUGCUUUGGUUUUGUAUCUGAGCACAGUUAUUUCUAGGCAGUUGCUUUCCACUUAGUUUUACUGUUAGGCACCUACACUGGCCCCUCCACCUUUUCAGUGUGGGAUUCUAGCAUUGUGUGAGUAGAAGUAAGACUGUAUCAGAAGUUAACAUUUUCUUGCACUGAAUCAGAGACAGCUUGUUGUACUAAUAUUAUUGGUGGAGGGUGGUCACAUGCUAUAUAUAUGUUCAAAAGUGGCAUGACAUUUGUGGGGUAUAUAGAAUGGUGUGCUUAGCAUUACAAUUUUUUAGCAAUACUUAGGGGCAGAAAAAAGAUCAAGAUAGCUUAGAGAUAAGUACCUAUUGGAAAUGCAUUUUCAGUGUAAAAAAAAAGUUAACUUUUGUACAGUAAGUGGUGAUUGUUCUCUUAAGAUUUUUUGGCAUUUUUUUUCUUCGAAGUUUGAAUUGGUGAGAAAUACAUUUCAAAUGUUUUUAUAAUGAAAUAUUUUUUAACCUGAAAAACUAAGUUAUACUGAACUCUUAAAAUAAGCUCCUCUCCACUCUAUGAUCUUGACAGAAAUGAUAUAUUAAGUGACACUAUACUUAUUGCAUCCUGUUUUAUAAAAGCAUAGUUGUUUUCUGUUUUCCUUACUUUGAUAAAAAUUCCAAGGUCAAAACUACAAACUGACCAUACAUUUCUUUAUAAUUGUGGUCCCUCGCAUAUUUAAAAAAGUAAAAUUCCAUUAGCUACUGAUUUGUAUUUGUGGAAUUUAGAUAUGUGAAUCUGGUGGUUCUGUAUUUUAUGUAAACAGAAGAUAUAUUUUAAUUUUUGAAUUGUUGUGUGAACCUUCUUACAAACUGAAAGGAAAGUUAGUAACAAACUUGGCACUUUCUUAAACAUUUAUUUGACAGGUGGUGCUGCCAUCAAUACUUUUGUUUCCCUAGAUAUUUCUUCCCGUUUUCUUAAAAAUAAUAAAUAAAAAAAAAGUUGUCUGAUCUUAUACAUGUACAUGUAUUGCAUUAGGUUUAGCAUUAUGAGUUAUUAUGUAUUUAGCCUAAAUCUUCCAGAAUAAGUUGUGGAUUCUUAAUGCAAAGACAUCAAAUAUUUAGUACACUUUUGAUGUUUGUACACAGAAGUAGAAUCAAGUUAUAAUGAAAACUGUUAACAUUUAUUACUACAGAAUUAACUUAGAUAUAUAGUGAAAUUUGUGUGUUCUGUUACAAUAUAAGUUAUUUAUGAUUACAAAAUCAUUUUUGUAGAGAUUUUACUAUCUGCUAUGUGAGAAAGUACAGUUUUACUUUAAUACAUUUUAUUUUACUGUAUUGAUUUACAUUCCAUGAGAUCGCAGUUUUAUUGUGUGUUCAGUCUCAGUGAACAGCCAUAUAUAUUUAUUUUUACAAUUAUAUUUUGUAUAUUUGUGCUUUACAUUAGGAUCAUUAUUAGUUAGUGCAAUAAGAUAUAAAUCCGUCAUUCCAAAUACAAGUGUAAGAUUGAAAAUUAUCUAAAAUUUUCUUGAAAAUAUUUCAGCAACUUCUUAAGUUAGAUUAUGAAUUUUUUGUUAUAAAACAAUGUAAUGAAAGAUAAUCUGAGAAUAAAAUCUGAAACACGUGCAUUUUGUAAUUAAAUGUUUUUGUCCUCAGACCUAUUAAUAAAAGCUAAUGUUUUGAUAGAGUUAUGGGAUUAUAUUGUGAUGAACUACAACUUUCAAAGACAAUUAAAAUGGGCAAUUUGAUUAAGAAAGUACCAAACAGUCAUGCCCAGAAUAACUUAUUUGUGCCUCAGCAUAGGCAGUUUAUUUGUUGCAAAAGAACAGGUAUAUAUUAUUUAUUCAAAGGUCUAAAUAUUUGUAAAAAAUAAAAAUGCUAAGAGGCCAGCUUGAAAUAUCUGGUAAAGAUACAUGUAAGCUGAAGAAAAACCAGAUAACUUGGUGUUAAAUAUAACAGAUAUUAUCAGACAAAACUUAACUUUCUGGUGAAGUUCAAGUAAAAUUAUGUUGUAAAAAUGUAUCAUAUAUUGUAAUCCAAAUAACAUUGUUUUGUUUGAAGUAUACAUCAUAUUUUGUGGAAACCAAGUAAUGUUGUCUGAUGACAACAAGCAGUUCUUUCUAAUAAAAGACAGAAAAGAGGUCUUGGCCAGAUAUAAAGGUUUAUUAGAGUAUUAUAAGUUAUUCAGUGAAACUGGGAUAAAUUAUUUUGUAGAUUUUAUUAAGUUGUAUAAUGAGCCAAAUAAUUAUAUAAUGAAAGCCUGAAAAAAUAAAAUGGUAAAGCCCAUAUGCAAAUAUUAAUUUUAUGAUUAAUGUAGGUCUUCUAUCUUAGGUGCUUUACAGUGUGAUAAAAAACUUGUUUAUGUACAGGGUGUUUCAAAAGUCAUGAAUAAGUUAAUAAUCUAUUGGUUAAUAAGUAGUAUAUACUGUAUUUUGCAGUCUAUGUUGCAGAUCUGAACAAAUAUCACAAUAAAGUAGCCAUGAACACUUAUAUUUGUGUUGGAUACCUUUUUUACUUGCAUAAAAGUUCUCAUUCAUUCUUGUCUUUAUGCAUUUCUUGUAUAUUCAUUUAAUUCAAGAAGAACAGUAACACAAGUAGUGAAAGAAUGUUUUACAAUGUGAAACUUUGUGUACUUGACUUGUACUGAUUAUUUUUAAUAUGCUUAAAAAAGUAUAGAAUUGUUUGAGAAGUUUUCUGUUUCAUGUGAAAUGCUUCUAAGUUAGGAAUAUUGGUGUAGGAAAAUUUUCACUGCAAAAUACAGCCAGUAUGUAAUCUUUAACCCAAAAUACUUUUUUGCAAACUAAUACAUUUAAAAACAGUGAAGUUAUAAGUAAAAAAAUAUUUUGAAGAAAAUGUUUUUGUUUUUUCAGGAGGGAGGGAAGUAUCAUGCAGGUCACCACAGUAUAGUGUGGGGUCUAGGGCAAACCUAUGAUAUGCUCCCCUUCAUUAUGUGGAACCCAUAAUGUAUGAACUGUUUGUGCCCUAUUUUCAUUUGAUAAUUUAAACUUUCUUUCCUUAGCUAGUGAUAGUCUAAUAUGUUUAAUAUAUUUUUACCCCAAAACAGAUCUUUCUUUCUUAUUUUACAUAUGUAAUAAAUAUGAACCUUCUAAUAUAUUUUGUAUAUUUUUGCCUCCAAGAAAAGGAAGGUCUCUGGUUUCUUAUAUUGUGUGGUAAAGAGGCCCCCUGAAAUAUGUUUCAUUCUUGUUAGAGAGAUCCCCUAAUGUAUUUUAUAUUUUUGUCCCUGUUGUAUGUUUUUUUCCAUGUCAAGAGAAGGGGAACUACACUUUUGCUGGGCCCAAAACAAUUUGCCCUCUCUUCUCUUUUGUGGCAGCCCUAAUCAUAUUUACCUUUAACAGAGUAAAAAAAAUUAUAAAAUUAUAGCACCAUUACAACAUGACAUCUAAUGUAUGUACUUAUUUAAAAUGUAAAGAAGGUUUGUUUUGUGUGAUAAUUUUAUUUUUGAUUACUAAGCAAAAAAACUGCACAAUGGGCUAUUUGUGUUGUGCCUGACACAUAGAUUGAACUCAGAAUUUUAAGCUUUAUAAGUCCUCAAGCUUGUUGUUGAGUCACUUUGGGUAUGUAAUAAUUAUAAUGUUUAAAAAUUACUUACGUGUUGAUAAAAUAACUGUUUCUGUAAAGUUUGAAUAUUAUUAAUUUUAGUUCUUUUAAGUUUUCUUUGGGGUGCAAAUUUUGUCAUAAAAAUGUUUGUUGUUUAUGUACCUCUUGUAUGAAAAUAAAGCAAUGAACCAGUUCAAAUAAUA